CGGAGGAGUCCUCCAGUACGCCUUGUUGUAUCCUCGCGACCUUUGGCUGGGUGCUCUCCGACAGGCCAACCUGCCAUCAUCUCGAAUCCUGGCGCUAUAUCUCCGGCUGCACGCGGCUUUGGAACCCAAGGCAUCGUUGAGACGUUCUUCAGGAGCAGUGUUCCUCGCCUUCAAGAGCUUGCAUCGCUCGGUUUGCUAGAAGUCAACAAAAUGACCUCAUAAGCCAUUGCACCCUCUGCUGCAGCAAUGCUCAAGCUCUGCUGCGCCCUCGGCGCCGUCGGCGCCGCGGCCUACACCGCGCCGCUGGCCCGCCACCGACGACUAGCGCUGCGCACGCCGUCGGCGCGGCGCGCGACAAACGAAUGGACGGGCAGCGACGUCGACCCCUGGAAUCCUAUAUCUGAGGAUAGAGUCUUCGAAGUGUGUUACUUGGACGAGGCCGGCGAGCACAUCGAGGAGUGCGUCUGCGAAAGCGAAGCUGAAUUAAUAGAAAAGGGCCUCGUGCCCCCGCGACGCGGCAAGGACAAUUCUGAUCUGCUGUUCGCCGUGCCGAACUCGGGCGCGGACGGCGAGACUCUCUUCAGUUUGGCGGACUACGAGACGUGCCUCGCCGACGACGUUUGUGAAGUCAGUGACGAAAUUGUGGACAAGGCCUACGGGCCGGACGUCCUCGAGAAGAUCAAGGCCGCGCGCGGCGAGGAGGAGACUGCCUCGAUCCCCUCGGCGAAAGCGGCUAGAUUUCAUGUUCAUUUUGGCGCGGGGCGCUUGGGUCUGGGACUCGUCGUGCCCGCGAUCGCGGCGUCGGGCGUCCCCUUCGCGGUAGUACAGAGACCAAAACCUAGAUGGGAGCAGUUGUUUGCCAACUCCGAAGAGAUCGACGUGAGCGUGAACGGCGAGGUGAAGAUGAAGGGCGCUCAGGUGCUGACUCGGCGUGAAAAAUGACCUUGAACUUGACGUGGUCGCAUCGAUGGCGUCGACGCGAUGCUGCGCCGCCUCGACGCCGUCGACGCGGCCGCAUGAGGGAGCCGCGGCAGUUUCGCGACGGCGUCGUUCCCGCGCAGGUACUGGCAGCGCACGAACGACCCCCGGAGACGGUCCCGGCCACGUCAUUGGUCUUUGGAGCUUCUUCGGAAGAUCUAGCAUCCCUCCUGUCGCGAGCGACGUCCUUCUCCUGCUCGCUGGGUGCGGCCAUGCGAAGGGUGAUGACUUCUACGUUAAGUGCAUUACCGGAAGUAGUGUCGGAGACAGAUGUGGCCAUCGAGACAAGAAAGGAACAGCUGCGAUCUAGGAAACUACGGAAACGACGACAGUUCGACCCGUCCUACGAGAGUGCCACGGAUCGCGUCUACUCUGGAGACCUCUCCCCAGAAAAGGACCCGAGGCCCGUACUCUACUGCGCCGAGAACGACCACGAGUCUGUGGCUCGUCUGAAGAGGGAGUUGAGGACAAGAGUCCGCGUCGUGGACUGCAUGGUGGAUAGGGUGUGUACCGGUAGGAGGAUCGGCCCGCAAGGUGUUGAAAUUGAUGCAGAACCGUGGCCAGGAUCCAUAGUGGUGUUAGAACCAGGAUUCGACCCGCGCUACGUCCCCUUCGCGCCGUCAGUAGCUACCCUACCAGAAAGUUUGAGACAUGCCGAUUAUCUCUCAGAGAGAAAAUUUUCACUCGUCAACGGCAUGCACACGGUCGUGGCCUUUCUGACGCUGGACUACAUGUACAACCCGGUCGAUCCGGGCGGGCGGGAGUAUGUCUUGAUCAAGUACUCGAAGAUGCGAAGGGCCGAGCAGCGCAAGGUCGAGGCGUGGCGGACGGCGCGCAUCGCGAGACUGAUCGAGCAGUUCGGGAUUGAGAGCAUCAUGCGCUGGGAGGGGGCGGACAACGUGGUGGAAGUGUGGAACUCGUUGCUGGCGUUUGGGGACGAGGUGUUGACCGAAAGGUUUUCUGCCGUUGACGACUUAGUCUCUCGAGUGCUAGGUGGCGGAGUGGCAAAUAGGUACGAAACCCGAUUAAAACCGACCGUCAAGUGGCUCACAAACAGACAACCGGACGCAUUAUCAGCGUUUUUUCUCCAUGCCGCGCGGUGGGAUCGCGCACAAGCGGCGAAGACGGAAACGACGUCCCUCGAAGCACCGAUCCAGUCAGCAGCCGAGGCCGAAGCCUUCGUGCGAGAUACCUGCUCAGAACUCCUGAAGCGAGGCAAGCGCUUCUGCAACAAGGAGCUCGAAAUUACUCAUAAACAGCUCAUCCGCGAGCAGCGCCAGUUCGGCGGCAAGAAGUUCGCGCCGCUCGUCGUCGACGCCAUCGCCGAGGACAAGGCUCGGGCCGUGGCGAUUCUUCAAGAAAGACGACUGAAGCGGGAAGAGCGCGAGCGGGAGAUGCGCGUGCUCUACGAGUCGUCCACGAUGGUCUGAUGCGCGGGAUAGCGCACGACCUAAAAUUUGAGUGUUCAUA